AUGUCAUGGUACAUUGAGGAGCAGGAGCCGGUUUACCUCGACUAUAACGCCACGACUCCUAACAGAAGGGCUGGAGUUGUGGGCAAAUCCAUCCAGCCAGAAUCCUAUAGUUCAGCUGAGAAAGCGAGGGAAGCAAUAAAAACUGCGAAACGAUCGCUCGGUGAACUUCUUCAUGUGACGGAUGCUGAAGUCAUUUUCACUUCUGGAGGCACCGAGACAAACAAUUGGGUCAUACAUUCGGCCAUUCAGAGCUUCAAAUCCAAUCCAGAACAUUCCGCAACCAUUCCUCAUGUAAUCACUUCUACCAUCGAACAUCCAUCUGUGAUCGAAUCUCUCCGUCACCUUCGAGACAUUGGGUCUAUCGAGCUCUCACUUUUGCCAGUGGAUCCGUCUAGUGGACAGAUUGUUCCAUCAGAAGUGAAGAAGCUCGUCUCACCUUCAACCUGCCUCGUUACCAUUCAGCUGGCCAAUAAUGAAACGGGAGUCCUGCAGCCGAUUGCCGAGCUCAGCGAUGCUGUUCGACAAGCUUCCAAAAACCAUGAAACGACUAUUUUUCUUCAUUCGGAUGUCUCGCAGGCUGUAGGGAAAAUAGAUGUCAAUAUCGGAGAGCUCAAAGUGGAUGCCGUCACCGUUGCUGGUCACAAGUUCUAUGGACCUAGGAGUGGAGCUCUGAUAAUGCGAUCUCAGUACACCACUAAGCUAAUACCACUGUUGCGUGGUGGCGGUCAACAGCAGAAUUUGAGAUCAGGGACAGAAAACACGCCGAUGAUCAUGGGCUUGGGAGUGGCCGCUGCUAUUUGUGAGACGUCGAAAAUCAAGGCAAAACUAAGCUUCAUCCGCGACUAUUUCGAACAACAACUCAAGGAGCUCAUCCCAGAUGAACACUUGGUGCAUUUCAGCAACUCUCCUAGAUUGCCCAACACGAGUUCCGUAGCUUUUCCAAAGUAUCCCAAACCGAACACGGACAUGAUGGCUAAGUGCAAAACCUUCUACGCCAGUACAGGAGCUGCUUGCCAUUCCGGCAGUGUCAGGUCAGUCCUUAUAAUUAUAGUCAACAAUCCCAUCCUACUGGCUUGUGGCAUUUCAAAAGAACUAGCUGAACGCACGAUAAGGUUCAGUUUUGGCAGGGAGACCAGCAAAGAAGAUGUGGAUCGGGUGGUUAAAGAAUUGAAAGCUGUUCUUUUCCUGGCAAAAUAUGGCAGUUCGCUGAUGAAUGUGAUAAACACAGGACCCGUACCUGGGUUUUGA